AUGAAUAGUAGCGCUGACGAUGCCUCGAGUAUAUACAGUCGGCCACCUGACGUUCCAAAGCGUGCGCUCACAUGGGAUCUGAUUCCAAUCAUUCUUCCGAUACGCCAUGACCUCCCGGAGAUUAAUUCGCUGGACCACCAGAUUGCAGUGGCGAACGGAUCUACAAUGGCUCUAGAGACGACUCGCACGCGGAUGCAGAAUACCAAAGCCAGAAAUCCGCUCUCACUCGCAGAGCUGAAGGCCGAGAAGCUGCGCCAGCGAGAUCAGCAGGAGACCGAGAAUCAGUUUUACCGCUCAUGCUUUGAAAACCUAGGCGAGCUCUUAUCUGAUGUAUUGGCCGUAGCGCAUAUGCUCGAGCUAGGGGCUAGUGGACUUGGCCAGAGCAGCAUUCGAGAAAUCAUUGUUCGACUCCGCGCUGCUCUGGAUAAAUCGCGCGUGCGAGAUGCCCAAGCGGAGCAGGAAUGGAAGCGACAAUGGAGCAUCUCGCGGAUCUGGAGGCCGGCGGAACGGUGGCUUUAG